AUGGAAUCCUGCUGGCUUGAGCAUCUCUUGAAUCAGCCAUUCUGCCUACUAUUUCUUCUCUGCAUAUCCCUGAUUGUGCUGCAGGCUGUCAAGCUAUACCAGAGGAGAAGGAAGUUGCUCAGGGACCUGAAUUUGUUCCCUGCGCCCCCUGGCCAUUGGUUCUAUGGGCACAAAAAGUUUUACCCAGAAAAAGAGUUUGAGUUAUACAAUGAGACGGUGGAAAAAUACCCUUGUGCUGUGCCCAUCUGGAUCGGACCCUUUAUGAUGUUCUUCUAUGUCUAUGACCCAGACUACAUCAAGGCUCUGCUGAACAGAAAAGAUUCGAAAGAUACCAUUAACCUCAAGAUCCUUACAUCCUGGCUUGGUCGAGGACUGGUGAGCCUAGAAGGUUCCACGUGGUCAUAUCACCGCCAGAUGGUGAAACCUGGCUUCCACGGCAGCAUUCUGAAAAUUUAUGUCACCAUUAUGUCUGAGAGUGUAAGAGUGAUGCUGAACAAAUGGGAGAAGCUCAUUACCCAGGACCCACAUCUAGAACUCUGGGAAGACAUUUCCUUGAUGGCUCUGGACUGCAUCAUGAAGUGUGCCUUCAGCCAACAGGGCAGUGUCCAAACAGACAGCACUUUUAAAUCCUACCUAGAAGCAGUAACCAACCUAGGCAAUCUCACCUAUUAUCGGUUAUACAAUGUCCUGCAUUACAAUGACCUGAUUUACAAAUUUAGCUCUCAAGCCCACCUCUUCUAUAAAUAUCGCGAAGUGACUCAUCAGCACAUAGAGAAAGUAAUCCAAGAUCGGAAAGACUUAUACAACAAUGAACUAAAGCAAGGCACUACUCAGAAGAAAAGACACCAGGAUUUUCUGGACAUUCUUUUGAGUGCUAGAGCUGAAAAUGGGAAAGAUUUCUCUGAAGCAGAUCUCCUGGCCGAAGUGAAUAUGUUCUUGGUCGCAGGAUAUGAAACCACCGCCAGUGCCAUUUCCUGGAUCUUUUACUGCAUGGCCAAGUACCCUGAGCACCAGCAACGAUGCCGAGAAGAGCUCAGGGGGAUCCUAGGGGAUGGGGAUGCUAUUACCUGGGAACACCUGUCACAGAUGUCUUAUACAACCAUGUGUAUCAAGGAGUGCCUCCGCCUCUACUCACCAGCAGUAUUCAUAUCCAGGUUGCUCAGUGAACCUAUCACCUUUCCAGAUGGACGCUCCUUACCUGCAGGAGUAACUGUGUUGCUCAAUAUUUGGGCUCUCCACCACAAUCCUGCUAUCUGGGAAGACCCUCAGGUCUUUAAUCCCUUGAGAUUCUCCAAGGAAAAUCGUUAUAAAAGACACACCUAUGCCUUCAUACCAUUCUCAGCGGGAUCAAGGAACUGCAUCGGGCAGCAGUUUGCCAUGAUGGAAUGCAAAAUAGCCCUGGCCUUGAUGCUGCUCCACUUCGAGCUGGUUAUUGACCCCUCCAAGCUUCCCCAACCCAUGCGCAGAGUCGUCCUCAAAUCCCAAAAUGGAAUGCAUUUGAUCCUGAAGAAACUUCACUAA